GACGCCGCGAGGGACCCGGCCCGCAGGGAGAUCCUGAAGAAGCUCAGGGUCGCCUGCAAGCGGCGGUCCACGGGCCGCCCGGCGCUGCACCGGGGCUUCACCGUGGAGCACUACGCCGGGCCGGUGGACUACGGCACCGAGGGGUGGCUGGACAAGAACGACGACCGGCUGCUGCCCGAGUGCGAGUCGCUCAUCUGUGAGUCCUCCUUCCCGCUGGUGCGCUCGCUGGGGAGGGAGGAGCAGGGCAAGUCGCCGCGCCAGUCCAUCAGCAAGAAGUACAUGCAGGACCUGGAGGCCCUGCUGAGGAUGCUGGGCUCGUGCGACCUCCACUAUAUCAGGUGCUUCAAGCCGAACGAGGAGCAGGCGCCCCACCUGUUCGAGCCGAGGCUCAUGCUCGAUCAGAUUGUGCAGUGUGGCACGAUCGAGCUGGUGAACAUCAUGCACCGCGGCUACCCCCACCGCUGCCCGCUCUCCGACCUGGGGGAGCGGUACAAGGACCUGCUGCCCGACGGCUUCCAGUCCUACGGCUCGAGGACGUUCGUCGAGGCCCUGAUGCUGGCGUACGAGGUGCCCCGCGGCCACUGGGCGCUGGGCGUGUCGCGCCUCUUCCUGCGCGCGGGGCAGCUGCAGGCGCUGGAGGACCUGCGCUCGGGGGGGCGCAGGCCCUCCCCGGAGCAGCUGCAGGGCGUCCUCCGCACGCUCGUCCGCCGGCGCUGGCGACGCGCCUGCCAGGCCGUCAUGCUCUGCCUCUGGGUCCCGCGGCUCGCCGCUGCCCGCAGGGCGGCGCGGGCCCGCGCGGCCCUGCGCAGCGCCGCGCUGGUGUGCGUCCGCCUCCACCGCCGCCUCGAGGCCGCGAGGCGGCGGCUGCGCGACCGGCACGCCGCCGGGCGCGCCUCCGCGAGCGCGGCGAGGUGCGCGCGCAGGUGGCUGCGGAAGACCCGGGCCGCCCGCGCCGCCCGGGCCGCGGGCGAGGCGGCCGAGGCGGCCGUGGUGCUCGAGCUGGACGUCACGAGGAGGGUCUCCUGCGCGACGGAGGCCUGCGACGAGGUGGCGCGCCCGUGCCCCUCGGCCGCCGCCGCCGCGCCCGCGCCCCGGGAGGGCGCCGCCCCAGGCGGCUGCCCUGAAGAGAUGCGCGCGCUUAUCGAUAGGCAGGUGCAGGAGCGCAUCCGGGUGCUGGAGCAGGAGAUGUGCCGGAAGCAGCAGGAGGUGCUGCGGCAGAUGCGCGCCCUGCAGGAGAUGAACGAGAGGCUCGAGCUGGAGCAGGCCAGGGCGGCCGCGGGGGCAGAGGACAGCCAGCCCGGAUCCCCUGCCGUGCCGCCGCGGCCGCGGGGCCUGCCGCCGGGCUCCCCGGGCGCGGCGCGGUCGCCGCGGAGGCCCGGCGGCGGCGCGGAGCGGCGGAGGCAGUCGUCGGGCGGCCCCGCGGGGCGGCGGAGCGCCGCCCGCCGUGCGAGCACGGGGGCCGGCCCCGCGGAGGCUCCCUUGCGCCGGGCGCUCGGCGCCGUGCGCGAGGACGGCCCGGAGUGGUGGGCCGUGCAGCGGCAGCUCCUCACCGAGGACCUCUCGCUCCACGGCGUUCGCAGG